AUGACGACUCCCCCGUCCUCGCUCUGGGCCUCCAUGUCGCCCUGGAAGCCGCCGCACGCGUCCGCCAAGCGCUGCCGAGACCGCUCCGUGCCCGUCGACGCGCUGAGCCGCAUGAUGUCGGCGGCCGUGACCAACGCGCGCCUCAAGAAGCACAGCAGCAUCGGCAAGCUCUUCUUCGGGCGCGCGUCUGCCAAGGACAAGGACGUGGACAUGUCGGACGCCUCGCUGUGCCGCUGCGCCGUGUGCGAGAGCGCCAAGCGCCAGUUCGCCGCCGCGCAGCUGCAGAGCUGCUCGCACUGCGAGCGCCGCAUGGGCGACUGCUGCCGCCGCGAGUGCGACGCGUGCUGCCAGGUCUUCUGCUCGCUCUGCUCGACGCUCAACUGCGACGAGCAGUUCGACCGCGUCUUCUGUCUGUCGUGCAACCAGGAGAAGGGAAGGGGGUAG